UUAGUUUCCCGCGAAGUUGAGAGUGGAGAUCCGUAUACAACGGGCUUUGUGUUCUUCAGCUUUUUCCUUCUCCUCAUCUUCAUUUCAUUUUCUCCUCCAUCCUCUCCCCAAAUCUUCGAUUCCGCUUCAGCUUCAAGUUUCCGAUUCGAGUUUCUGAACACAGCGGAUUUUGAAGACCGAAGAAACAAUCAGAGGAAUCUGAGUUCCUUGCGAGGAACGACGAUUCCUCGUUUAUGCUAAACAUUUGUGCUUCUACUUCUCCAGGUCGAAAAUAGUUUUGUGAUCCGAUGGCACGCCCAAUGUGAUUGCUGAAAACGUCGAAUCCUGUUCCAGGGAGCCGCAGAAAGUUGCGAGUUUAUAUGGAAUGCCAUUGACAUUGAAGGUUUCUUCUUUGUAAAGUGGGGAUUCAGUGUUGUGCUGCUUUUUAUUUUAUCAUCCCAGAGGUUUAGAACUGCAAAACUAACACAAUGGGUGGCUGCACCUCAAAACUUAGUCGUAAUCUGAAAGUAUAUAGGAAAUACUCUUCACGAUUUGGAAAACGUCGUAGCAAGAUUGCAGCUGCCAUUCCUGAGGUCAAUAUCAAAGGAAUUGGUGAUACACGGAGCCAUGGAGGAAGAGAUUUUACAGUUAGUGAGUUUGUUCAUCUCGAUUUUGAGAAGGGAGCUGCUACUACCCGCAGGUCUGAAGUUUCUAACAUGACCUUCCAUCUUAAGCAGCUGCAUUGGAACCAUAGUCAAAUUGAUGCAAAUGGAUUGUUUCAAGAUGAACCAUGGUUUGACUCGGCUAGUAUUUUGGACUCUGAUUCCGAUGAUGAUGAUUACAGUAGUGUUCAUGAAGAUUGUAUUCCUUCGAUUGGAAAUGUCCCGAAUGCUCAAUUGCUUCAGUAUGAAAGCAAAUCGUGCUUCAUUGACAAUGGAUGUCUGUAUGAAGGUUUCUAUGAAAGUUAUCUCAAAAUUGAUGGAGGUGCGCAGAACUUUGGAUUUACGAGUCAGGAGUUCAAUAUGAAUUCUUGCCUGCCUUGUUUGACUCCUCCAGUCAAUUGCAAUGAGAUGGAUCAUUCUUCUAGUCCCGCAGCGGCACAUAGGAAGGCAGCAGUUAUAAUGCUGUCUGUUAAAAGAAAAUCGGUUGAUGGAUUUGAAAGAACUGAGUUUUGUACGGCUGAGAAAAUCUUAUAUCGUCCAAAAGCAGGACUGCAAAUUCCAUGUUCUAAGGGAGAGAAGCUAACUCCAUCCUCCUGGUCCCCUAUUUCACCUUCUGUGUUCAAGCUUCGUGGAGAAAAUUAUUUCAGAGACAAACAGAAAUACCCUGCUCCAAACUUCAGCCCAUACGUACCAAUUGGAGUUGACUUGUUUCUCUGCCCCAAGAAGAUAAAUCACAUUGCUCAGCAUCUUGAACUUCCAAAUCUGAAAGCACAUGAAAAGCUACCGUCCAUCUUAAUUGUUAAUAUACAGCUGCCUACAUAUGCAGCUUCGAUGUUCCCUGGUGAUUACAACGGUGAAGGGAUGAGCCUUGUGCUGUAUUUUAGAAUAUCUGAGAAAUUUGAUGAAAAGAUAUCUCCCCAUUUUCAAGACUCCAUCAAGAGGCUGAUCGAAGAUGAAAUGGAAAAAGUGAAGGGAUUCACAAGGGAAUCCUUGGUUCCUUUCAGAGAAAGGUUGAAAAUAAUUGGUGGGUUGGUUAAUCCCGAAGAUCUCCAGCUAAGUUCUACUGAAAGAAAGCUGGUUAGUUCUUAUAAUGAAAAGCCAGUGCUAUCACGACCUCAACACAACUUUUUCAGGGGACAAAAUUAUUUCGAGAUUGAUUUGGACAUACAUAGGUUCAGCUAUAUAUCGAGGAAAGGACUCGAAUCAUUCCGUGACCGUUUGAAGCACGGGAUUCUUGAUUUUGGUUUAACAAUCGAGGCACGAAAACCAGAAGAACUGCCGGAGCAAAUGAUGUGCUGUGUGCGGCUGAAUAAGAUUGAUUUCGUAGACGAGGGGCAGAUACCGACAAUUAUGAGCGUAUGAUGCACCCACCAUCUGAAGACCACACACGAACAAAUAGAAAGAGAAUUUAGGAGCCAAGCCCUUUGGCAGACACAGGAAAAUGGAGGAUGCAAUUUCAAUUUCAAUUUCAUUUUCAUAGAUCUUAGAAACCUUGGUGUGAGUUGAGUGCUGAGGAGAUGUUAUGUUACGUGAAACAUUUUACAUCGAAGUCUCUCUGUUUCUUCCCCCCACCUAAUUCUAAUUCAUAUCCACAUCUGUUGCCAACAAUUUUAUUUUUAUAACUAAAAUAUACCAUUUUCCAUAUCA